AUACGAAAUCUCACUUUUGCAAAUCUGAAGAAAUAUCUUCUAGCGGGCACGAUAACACGGAAAUAAAGAAAUACCCGAUAUAAAAGAUAAAGAGAUACCCGAUAUGGAAAAUGAAAAAUUAUUUAAUAUAGAGAUACCGGACUUUAUAAAAUUGUUAAUUGGUGCAGUAGAAAGUGAAUAUUUCAUUUUAGAGCCGUGUGUCAAUCUUCCGACUAAAGGAAAAGAUACUACAACUGAAGUACUUCUUGUACCGGGUAUCGAUGGAUGUGGAGUCGUAUUUAAUCAUUUAGCAUCAAGUAUUAAGUUUUCGGCAAUAACCUUAUAUUAUAGCGUAAACGAUAUCGAUGCUAUAAACGUUAUAUCAGACACAGUCAAUCGUCUGACAGAACAUAUAUUAUCAAAAUUGAGAAACAAGACAACAAAUUUUGUAAUAGUUGGAUAUUCUUUCGGAUCUAUUAUCGCAAUUGAGCUAACAAGAAGAUUGGAGGCUGUGAACUUUAAAAGUCGACUUGUUCUCAUUGAUGGAGCUCCUGAACAAAUACAAACAAUGUAUGCACAUUUUACAUCAAACUGGAGCGAAGUAGAUUUUCAAAUCAUUAUUCUGAGCCACAUUAUGAAAAUGUAUACAGGAGAAAUUAGUAGUGAGAUUCUACUGGAAUUGAAGAAGUGUAAAAGCUGGGUGGAGAGAUAUAAUGUUUUCGCGAAACAUUUCUUAGCAAUAAAUACUACAUUCUCACCUAUAAAUUUGAAAACAUUGUGCAUAACGAUUUAUAAGCAUUUAUCUGCCAUUCCACAAUAUGAUCCUUCCGUAUUGCCGCGUAUUAAGUCUCCCAUAAUAUUAUUGAAACCAACAAUUGAAAUAUCGCACAUAACGCUCGAAGAAAAUUAUGGUUUGCAUAAG